GAGGCCAAAGCAAAACAAGACAUGGAUUCGAACAUGAAAUCGGCGGAGUCCCGCCAAAACGCAGCGUUUUAUGCGCCAAUCUCUUCUUCUUCUUGCCUCCUAGGGUAGGGCUGGGGUUUCUCCAACAAUGUCGAAACUGGAGAAGAUCAUAGCGGACCUCAAACUCGCCGAAUCGAAGAAGGAAGCCCUCCAACAAGCCUUCGAAACCCUAAAAUCCAACGCCUCCUCUGUCGCCUCCUUCACUCUCCAGUGGUCCGACCUCGACGCCCACUUCUCCUCUCUCCAUUCCUCAAUCCGAAACCGCCUCGAGACACUCCAAUCUCAAUUGCAGCAAAUUGAAUCGAAUCCGUCCACUCUCAUCAAUCUCUUUAGCCACAAACGACCCAAUUCCAUUCGUAGCCAAGUUUCCGACGCCCUUCGAUCAUCGCCAAGUCCAGCUACCCUAGUUUUGGAUGCGAUUCUGCUGCUCUUGAAGAACGGUGAGGGUGAUUUUGAGGAGAGUGUCGUUAGGCAUUGCGUGCUGUUGUUGGAGCAGUUGGUUCAGUUAGUUAGUAUUCCGCCGAAGGUCGACGGUGAGGUGAGGGAGAAGGCAAGGCGGUUGGCGGUGGAGUGGAAGGAGAAGAUGAGGAUGGAGAGUAUGGGGGAAGUAAUGGGGUUUUUGGAGAUUUUGGGGAUAUAUGGGUUGGUGGGGGAAUUUGAUAGAGAUGAUCUUUUGGAGCUUUUUGAGGUUGUUGCAGUGCGGGAUCGGGCACCAGAGUUGUGUCGGGUUCUUGAGCUUGAGGAGAAGAUGCCUGAAUUCAUCCAAAAACUUAUCACGAAGGGGAGGCAAAUUCAGGCCAUGAAAUUUAUUUACGAAUUUGAGCUUGUCAAGUUGUUUCCACCAGUACACCUGAUCAAAGCUCAUCUGAGGCUUACCAAGAAGGCAGUUAAAAAAAUUCUCAAGAAGGGAAAGCUCUCACUUGAAGCACAGAAAGAGGCUGCAAGCAAAGAAUUGGCUGCUCUGAGAGCUGUAGCAAAGUGCAUCUCUAAAUACAAGCUUGAAGCCCAAUUCCAGCUUGAGCCCCUGCGCAGAAACAUUGGAGAGCUCAAAAGGCUAAAAAGAGAGAAUGAAGCUAUUGGUGCUGCCACUGACCCCACUCCAUCCCCUGCCCCCUCCUCUCCAGCAACUGGCCCUGCAUCUGCCUCCAAGGCUCAGCCUCAACAACAGACAGGAAAAAAGCGGAGUGCUGUGGCACUGGAAGCUCAAUCGAAUCAGCAGAGUGGAAAUAAACGCCGCCAGACAGCUGUUUUAGCAGGAGCUGCCCCAAAGGGUCAUUUUGGUACUUCCUCCUCUAUUACGUCUAUGCAAUCAUACCAUUUCCAGCAGGCCAGCUUGUUGACUAGUCAAGCGGCGCCAUACUUAACUGCACCACCUGGAUAUUAUGGUUUGGCAGGCUCCGCUCGCACUAACCCACAUAUGAGCUUAUCGGCUGGACACUAUGGAUUGACUAAUUUCAAUCCUGUCAACCAAUAUAUGAUCCCACCAGCUCAGCAGUAUGGAUCGAGUUUUGGAGCAAGUUGGAGCACUGGGCAGUUCGGUCUGACCACAACCCACCCGGGUGCUGUUGCAAAUCUGGGCACAAGACAGUUUAAUUUGGCUGGAACACCUGCAGGCAUGGCAGCUAAUGCAAACCCCAAUUGGCCUGUCCCUCAUUACUCUGGUAAUGUGCCAUUGCCACUUGGUUACAGGCCAGUGACCUAUGUUGGUGGCUAUGGUUUACCACCUCAGCAGCAUCCACCUUAGAUUGCCUCUUGUUUAAACUUCUACAGAGUUUUACUUGGCCAUGGAGGGCUUAUACAAAAAAAAAAAAUCUCUAAA